UGCAUGCACACAUAAAUGAUACCAUAGUCUUCCUUCAAUAACGAAAUUGAACUGCAGAUUGCAGAAGCGUACUUUUAUUGAUGACGUAUUAUAAAGUGAUGACGUUUCAAUGCUAAAGUUUAAAUUUGAAUAUUUUUAGCUGUGUUUUUAGAUAUUCUGUGCCAACAAAAAUUGUAAACAGUAAUAAUUGGUGGAUCGGUGCUGAGUUUUUAUUGAAGUAAUGAAUUUUGUUACUAGUGUUUUCAAAAAAUACAUUAAUAAGGAUGAAGUUAAAACGCAAAAAAAUAGAAAAACUGUCAAUGACGCACCAGGACCGUCUACGGCAGAAGCAUCCAAAAAAUGUGAAGUAAAAGAGAGUAAUUACGUUGCCCCAGCUCCAAAAAAUGAACCUCAAGGUCCUGCUCCUUUAAGCGACGAGGAAGAUUGUUUUCAAGAUGCCCAGACAAUGUCAUCUAAUAUCACAAACGACCAGAAAAAGUUAUCGGUUUUGGAAGUACCCAGCAACCAAGGAUUGAAUAUUACCAAAAAACAUCCAUUUGACAAUAGUAUAGUAAAGAUUUCAGACCCCCAAGAAACCCCUGUUGAAAGCCUAAAUAAUACAAUUGAGAUUUUUCAACAUGAUGACUGUCAGCCAGUUCAAGAUAAAUCUGGCGAUGUAGCUCUCGACAAUCUUGAAGUCAAUCAAGCUGCUAAAUUUGUAUCACUGAAUGACAUAUUAUUUGAUUCACCUUAUAAACUUGAUACAAAAUUGCCCAGAGAGAAUGUAAAACCACGAAUUGAAGCAAAUAUUGACACACCAAAAAGUGCCUUGGGAGUGUUGAUACAAAAUGUAAAUGAAGCUUUUGUGUGUACUCCAGAUACCACAUAUAAAAAUCAUGAAAAGAAUGAUAAAGUGCAAAUUGAACCGAUAAUGGCACAAGAAAAUUAUUCGGAUGAAGAAAAUUCCAAAGCAAGCCAAGAUGAAGAAGUAGAAACGCAAAAAAGAAAAUGCGAAGAUGUUGAAGAGAUAGUGAAAAAACUAAAAACAGAUAAAUAUCCAGAUGUUGUGAGAGUGCAAGAAAAUAUUGAAAACCAAAAUGCACCUGAAAAAACUAUUAAUCAAUUUGUAUUAAAGCCUCGCGAGACUCAAGAUAUGGACACUUGCAAAAUACAAAUUGGAGAAAAUGGUAAUCAUAUCAAAUUUAAUGAAAUAACAAAUAAUUUAGAGUUCAAAGAGAGUAACAAUAAUACGAGAGACAAUGAAAUUGUAGAAUUAACGCCUGAAGCUGCUAAUCGUUCUCUGGAAGAACAUAAAAAUGAACUGAAAACUGAGAUUGAAAUAACUAGUUCUGAACAGAUUACAAAAAAUACUGGAGAACAAGCAGAAGAAAAUCAAGGAACUAAAACUAAUGUGAUGGAAAGUAAGGAGAAUACGGAAAUAUUGAAACAAGAAAUGGAUACAGAUAGUAGAUUGUUGGGUAAAAGUGAUAUUGACAACAUUAAAGAAGAAGACACUCAAAAAAAUCAAAUAAUUCAAAGUAUGGAAUCAUACCAUAAUGAAAAAGAGCUAAUAGAUGAUACAUUUGUAGAACAUAAAAAUAAGGAAGACAAAUUACAGCAAGAAGGGGACUUGGCAAAUGUUCCUUUGAUUAAAGAAUUUUCUUUUGAAAAGCUUAUGCCAGAACAAAAUAAGAGCUCGGUGGAAAUUCAAAACCAACAGGCUCAAGCAAACCUAGAAAAUUUAGUGCCACAAAAAGAGGAUUUGUCAACAACAAAAGAAUUAGUUAACUCUUUAGGAAAUUCAGAAAGUAUCAAUAAAAUUAGUGACGAUAAGACAUUGAAACAAGAAGGAAAUAAAGACAAUACUUAUGACUUGGUAAAUGCUCCCAUAAUUCAAGAAGAUUCUUCUAAAAAAGUUAUGCAGGAACAGAAUAAGCGCUUGGAGGAGAUUAUAGACCAACAGACUCUGGCAGAAAAAUUGGUGCCACAAACAGAAGAUUUGCCGUCAAAAAAAGAAUUGACUAUUGACAACGACACAUCAUUGGAAAAAAUAGAAAAUAAAGCAGAUACUUAUGACUUGGUGAAUGCUCAUAUAAUUCAAGAAGAUUCUAUUGUGAAAGUUAUGCUUGCACAGAAUACAAGCUUGGUGGAAAUUCAGAACCAGGAGUCUAAGGGAAACCUAGAAAGUUUAGUAGCACAAAAAGAGAAUUUGUCAUCAAUAAGCAAAGAAUCAGUACCAUCGUCAACAAAUCCAAAAAGUAAUGAAUUAUUAAAACAAGAAAGAAUUGAAUUGCAAGAUACUUAUGAAAACUUCCCAAGUUCUCCUAUAACAAUUCAAGAAGAUUCUUCUGGCAGAGUUGUGCUGGAAAAAAGCUUAGUGGAACCUGAAAGCUCAAAUUACCAAAAUUACCCAGAAUUAAUGAAAAAUCAAGAAUUCCCGAUCGACGAAAAUUUAAAUACUAAAACAGAUGCUAUUAACAAGCUAACUGAAGAAUUAGAACAGCCACAAGCAAAUUUCAAAUUAGAUGCAACAGAAAACAUUGAGGAAAAUUUAACAGAAAAAAUUAGAAAAGAUUCAGAAGUAGUAGUCGCGAGUGCACCAAAAUCAAUUUUAGAUCUUGCCAAAGGGAAAAAUUAUGAACAAAACUUGCAGAAACCAAAAUCCGAAAGUAUAGUUACAACAAUUCAAAAUUCUUUAGGAAUGCAUUCCCAAGAAGACGAACAAGGUGGCAAUAAGACAUUUGAUAGACAAGAUACAAAGGAAUUUGAAAAAUUAGAAAGGGAAUGUAAAAUUAAUUUCAAGUCGGACGCAACCAUAGAUGAAGAAAAUGUAAUAAAUAAACCGACAAAUUUUGGAAGGCAAGAUACGCAAGAAUUCGAAAAUUUAGAAAAAAAAAUGGCAAUAAAUGAGGAGAAAAACCUAUUGUUAACCGAUUACAUCCUUGAUGAACUAGUAGCAGAAAGUAAAACAGAUAAAAAAGAUGAUCAAUGUGUAAUCACCCCACAUCUAGACAGUGAGACCCAAAUAUCAGGUUUUGAGAAAGUAAAAGAGAGUGAUACUAAAAUAGUAGGUGAAUACAAAAAAACCUUCUCAAGACAAGAUACUUUAGAAUUUGAAAAACUGGAAAAGCAAUGUACAGAAGUGGCAUGUUUGGACGUGCUUGACGAAUUAGUUGCGCAAAGUACAAUGGACAAUUCUAUUAGUAAUACUAAGCUUAUAGAAUCAAUUACGUGUGAAUUAGUUUCUACCCCAUGCAACAAAAUUAAUGAAAAUGCUUUCGAAAAAACCAUGGAAGAAAAUAAGAGUGGACAAGAACAAACAGUUUUAGAAGCCCCACAUCAGAACAACAAAACGACAUUUUUGGAAAUACAUUUACAGAGCAAAAAUGCAGGUAAAAAUCAAGGAGAAACCAAAAGCAAUCCUGAAGAAAAAGAUGAUAAUGGUAAAAAUAAAUUAUUACAAAUACAAGUACAUUCAGUGAAUAAAAAUAAGCAGCAAAACCAAUUAUCCAAAGUUGAGCCUCAAAAAGAAGAAAAAUAUAGAACUGUUGAUGAAGAGCUAAAAAAUAAAGUUGAGGAUUUACAGCUGGAAUUAGAAACUAUUAGAAAAAUGAAUAGGCGUAAAGAAAAAUGCAUUGCCACAUCAAAGGUAGAGAAGGAAGAAAGUGGAAAUGUUAUUUCAAAAUACAAAAAUAUCAUAAAUGAAUAUGAAAAGCACAUAGUCCAACAGAACACUGAUUUGGAAAAGCUGAAAAUUGAGAACGAGAGGAAUAUGAGGCACUUUACAAACACUGAAAUGGCCUUUUCUGAUGUUUUCGAGAAAUACGAAAAAGCUAAAUAUGUCAUAGCAGCCUAUGCCAAAAAUGAAGAUAUCCUAUUGGAAAAUUUGCGAAAUGCUGAAGAACAACUAACAGAAACAGAAACUAAAUGUGUGGCAAUGAAAGAACAAUCUUUCAAGCAAAUUAAGCAAGCUAAACAGCAUAUUGAAUAUGAAAAACAAAAAUACAAUCAAGAACUAGCCAAACUACAAGGCCAAGUCAAGAGAUUAGAAAUUAAAGCAACAUCUCUCGAGGUUGCCUUGAAGCAAAAAACAGAUGAAUGCCAAGCACUUGCGAGUUUGUGUGAUGAUAUUACUGGAAGACAUUCAACAUGAGUUCAGUAUUGGAUAUGGAAUCAAAAUUGAAAUUUAUAAUGUGAUAUUCCUUAUAAAAUGCUGGUUACUUUUUAAGAAUGUUUAACAUUUUCUGUCUUUAUGGUUUGUCAUUACAAUUUAUAAUAAAACAACUUAAGGUUUAA